GAUGGUUCUGUUCCGCCGAUAUAAGUACAUACUAUACUAUGCUGUGAUGUGCUGAUUGAUCAUAUGUUUAAGAGAUUCGCAGCUGACCACACUAAGACGUACUAAUUGGAUAUCCAGUAUUUAGCGACGAAAGAAUAAUGUUUUAUUCUGCAACUUUAUUUGUGGUGUUUGGCUUAAUUAAUGACUUUGUCACAUGUGCAGAAUGGGGCUACAGUUCACCAUAUGGACCAUCAAACUGGACGACACUACAUGGCAAUGAAGCUUGUGAUCUGAGGGCACAAUCACCAAUAGACAUUUCAGAUGCAAUGAAAGCUGAAUAUGACGAAGAACUGUUACCGUUUGUAGUCAUGGGAUUUGAAAAGAAAACAAACCAGUUAAAACUAAUCAAUAAUGGACAUACAGCUCAACUUAACAUACUAGGAGAUCUAACAGUAUCAGGCGGAGGCUUAUCAGGAACUUUCAAAACCGCACAGUUACAUUUCCACUGGGGCAGUGACAGUAACAAAGGCUCAGAGCAUCUACGUAACACCAAAAAAUAUCCCUUAGAGAUGCAUAUAGUCAAUUUUAACAGUAAAUAUGGGAAUUUAGGAAAUGCUGCUGAUAAAUCAGAUGGUCUUGCAGUACUGGGCUUUUGGUUUAAGGUUGUAGCCGAGGACAACAAAAUGUUUGCUACGUUGGUGAGCAAUCUAACAUCGAUACAAAACGCAGAUGCUGAAGCUGAAGUGACAGGUUUUCUAGUCAGUGAUUUAAUCAUUCCCAAACUUGACAGAUACUACAGAUAUAAAGGCAGUUUGACAACUCCACCAUGUUUUGAAAGUGUCACGUGGACAAUGUUUGAAGAGACUAUUCCCAUUUCAGAAUCACAGUUAAGACAAUUUCGAAAUUUGAAAGAAGCAAAGCCAAGCCAUAAAAUUGUCAACAACUUCAGGCCAACCCAAAUGUUAAAUGGUAGACGAGUUAGCAGAAGUUUCAAGGUAGAAACAGACGGAGCUAACACUAUUUGUUCCUCAUCAAUUGUAACAGUUUUGUUAGUUUACCUUCUUCAUUUGUUAUGAGCUUUGUAGACAUAGGACCUGUUUAAAAGGAAACAAUGAAAGUUAUGUACAUUGAUCAGUUUAAUUUAAAAUAUGCAAAUUUGUUGCCUUUAAUUACUCGAAUGACUUUGUUUCAUCGUAAGUCUAACUGAUCUGUAUGAGUAUAACCCAUACGUUUAACUUUUAUUGUAGGCAUAAGAAUGAAUCUUUGAUUACGACAUUUUAGGAUGAAAGGACAAGUAUUCUUCCUUUAACAGAUUUGUUUUAGAAAUGUUUUAUUACUGUUAUCUCAUACUAUUUACCAAGUAUAUUUCAUCCAGGCUUCGAAAAUAAAAAAAUCUUGUAACUACAAUUUUGGAUGAAGUUUACUGUAAUACCUAUUCAACUCGUUAGCAAAAACAUAUUGCCAUUUCUUGGGUAUUUCGAAUUUUAUUAUUUGACAAAACAAAAAUAAAUAUUUUGACAUGUGAAGAAUUCAGUAUUUCAUAAAAUGAAUAUGUAAUAUUUUGAAUUGAAGUCGAUGUAUUCUAAAUAUCAUCCCAAACAAUGACCUUCAUGUUGCACAUGUUUCAUAAGUAGGUCAUGAUUUUUUUUUUAUGUGUAUGUUGAUAAAGUAGAGUUAUUAUCUCUUGUAUUUGUAUGUUUCAUUUUGUUUAGGGAGCUCGUUUAUUGACGUUCCCUCCCAAUAUCCAAUCAUCGCCUGUUAUUUAUUAUCCUUAUAAGUGCAAAUAUAAAUAAUCAUAAACACAAUCCUGAUAUGAACGAUAUAAUCGUUGAUAUGCUUUAGUUGUAUAUUUGUAUAUAUAAUAAACAAAACAGAACAAUGCAGAAUGGGACAAUUUAUAAUCAUUAUCAUAAUAUUUUUUACAGUUGCAUGUUAGCUCCCCUUAACCCAGAGUGUCGUUUGUUACAACAGUCUAUUGUUGGUCUAUUUGUUGAGGAGAUGAUAUUUCUAUGACACGAUAUAACACAACAAGUUUUAGUAACCACAAUAAUGUUCCUGUCGUUGACAUGAUUAAGAGAUAACUGUAUUGUAUUUGAAGCUUUGCCGACAUUAAAAGAUAGUUUUACUGUCGCAAAUUGGGUUUGCCGACAUUAAUCGUUAGUUUUACUGUCGCAAAUUGGGGUUACCUGUAGUUGAAAUAAAUUUCUGUACAGAAACAGAAGAACGUUUCACUACUUAAAGGAAAUAAUAUACUAAAAUUUAUUGGGAUAAAGAAUGGCCAUUCUGCAGCAUGAGUACAAAAAGAGAAAUAGGCUUUUAGAAGCUUUAGUUUACAAAAAAAAAAGAAUGAUUUUUAGUUUACAUAACAAUUGAUUGUAAUUGCUUAAUGUAAUAUAUACUUGCCAUUUUGAUGUACAAUAUGCAUAAUAAACCAACUGAUAUCUUG